CCCAGAGAAGAGCCUGCUGGACCUGGACCUGCCCGAGGGUCCCAGCCCCUCCUGCCACCAGGGCCUGUUUCUCCCUGCAAGGACCCCACCUCCCCGGGAUCAUCCUCCUGUCUGCGAGAGGCUGCUUCAUUUCCCCCACCCUAACAGGUCACCCAGACCCCAGGCUACAUACGUGAAUGGCAGCCUCCAAGCAGCUCAACACAUCAAGCAGGAAGCCCUACCUGACUACCAGGCCAUGGCCAGUGCCCACACGCCCCUGCCCACCCACUGCCGGGCCCCAUCUUCCACAAACCUGCAGCCAGAGUUGGACUUCUCGGGCCGAGGCCUCGCUAAUCCUGCACCUUCCUGCUACCUUCUGGGCAAUGAACCUGUCUCGGGCCUGGGUCCCCAACCUGAGGCCCACCUCCCUGAGGGCAGCCUGAAACGCUGCUGCCUCCUGGGCCUGCCCCCCACCUCUUCAGCCUCUUCCUCUCCUUGUGCCUCCUCUGACAUCAAUCCUGCCAUCCACUCUUCCCAGACAGCUCUAGUUAGCUGUGUAAAUGGACUCCGAAGCCCACCUUUGCCAGGAGAGCUGGGGGGACCUCCCAAGCGAUCACAGCCGGGGCCUGGGCCUGCAUCCAGUGAUGUCCACGAGGGCAGCUUGCAGCUCGAAGCAUGCCGGAAGUCAGGCUUCCUGAAGCAGGAGCCCCUGGACGAGUUCUCGGAGCUCUUUGCUCCUCACCAGCAGGGUUUACCACCCCCCUACCCACUGCCUCAGUUGCCAGCCGGCCCCGGCCUUGGAGGCCUCGGGCUCGGCCUGGCGGGCAGGAUGGUGGCCGGGCAGCAGGCAUGCCGCUGGGUGGACUGUUGCGCAGCCUACGAGCAGCAGGAGGAGCUGGUGCGGCACAUCGAGAAGAGCCACAUCGACCAGCGCAAAGGCGAAGACUUCACCUGCUUCUGGGCCGGCUGCGUGCGCCGCUACAAGCCCUUCAACGCCCGCUACAAGCUGCUCAUCCAUAUGAGGGUACACUCGGGCGAGAAGCCCAACAAGUGCAUGUUCGAAGGCUGCAGUAAAGCCUUCUCCCGCCUGGAGAACCUGAAGAUCCACCUGCGGAGCCACACAGGCGAGAAGCCGUACCUGUGCCAGCACCCAGGUUGCCAGAAGGCCUUCAGCAACUCCAGCGACCGUGCCAAGCACCAACGCACCCACCUCGACACGAAGCCAUAUGCUUGUCAGAUCCCUGGAUGCUCCAAGCGCUACACGGAUCCCAGCUCCCUCCGCAAGCAUGUAAAGGCGCACUCAGCCAAGGAGCAGCAGGUCCGUAAGAAGCUGCACACAGGUGCUGAUCCAGAGGCUGUCCUGUCCGAGUGUCUGGCCAUGCAGCAACUCCAAGCAUCUACACCUUUGCCUGCCAGCAGGGGGAAGGGCGGCCAAACCCUGAGCCAGGAGCUGCUCCCAGGUGUGUAUCCUGGCCCUGUCACCCCACAAAAUGGGCUGGCUUCGGGCAUCCUGUCCCCAUCCCAUGACGUCCCUUCCAGGCACCACCCGCUGGAGGUCACCACUGGUUCCCACCACCACCUGUCCCCUCUGCCCACAGCCGAGAGCACCAGGGAUGGCCUAGGACCUGGCCUUCUCUCACCCAUGGUCAGCCCACUGAAAGGGCUCGGUCCCCCACCACUGCCACCAUCCUCCCAGAGUCAGUCUCCAGGAGGACAGCCAUUCUCCACGCUCCCCAGCAAGCCUACCUACCCACCCUUCCAAAGCCCACCAGCACCGCCUCUACCCAGCCCCCAAGGCUAUCAAGGCAGUUUCCAUUCCAUCCAGAACUGCUUCCCGUAUGGUGACUGCUACCGGACCACUGAGCCAGCAGCCUCCAGGGACGGACUGGUGGGCGAUGCCCAUGGUUUCAACCCUCUAAGGCCCAACACCUACUCCAGCCUCAGCGCACCUUUACCUGCCCCUGGCUACGAGGCCCUGGCAGAGACCCCAUGUCCCACAGCACUGCAGCCACAGCCGUCUGAAGACCUGGUGUCCAGUGGUCCCGAGGACUGUGGCUUCUUCCCCAAUGGGGCCUUUGACCACUGCCUGAGCCACAUCCCCUCCAUCUACACCGACACCUGAAGGAGUCCUGCUGUCCCUGCCCGCCCAGCUCCCGACACCACUUCACCUGCUUGCCGUCCGUCCUGGUGCUUCCCACAGGGACAGCCAGGCUGCGUCCAAGGGCCACGUCCCUGCCUGGAGGACUGUCUGGUCUCAAGAGCUGCCUGCCAAGAACUAUGGCCCUGUGACAGCCCCUUGACUGUAUCUUCCUCUCUCGCCCUAAGGUUCUCAAAUCACAGACCUCGUGUAUAUACAAUGUACAAGACCUCUUUUCCACCUCCC